GCGGGGCGGGGCCGGGCGGCGGCCUCUGCUGCUGCUGCUGCUGCUGCCGGGGGCUGCCGGGAUUGGGGAGCCGCGCCGCGUACUCUCCUGGGUCGCCGGGCUCGGCGGGACAUGACCGCGCUGCGCUCGCCGCGCGCCCAACCCUGCUAGCCGCUCGCCGCAGCCGCCGCCUCCUCUCCCCGCACCUGGCCGCCGCCUGGGAGCCCAGCUCGGCCUGCGCCCGCGCACACCGCCGCAGUCAUGGGGCUGCAGCCCCUGGAGUUCAGCGACUGCUACCUCGACAGCCCGUGGUUCCGGGAGAGGAUCCGCGCGCACGAAGCGGAGCUCGAGAGGACCAACAAGUUCAUCAAAGAGCUCAUCAAAGACGGCAAGAACCUCAUCGCUGCCACCAAAAGUCUGUCAGCUGCCCAGCGGAAGUUUGCGCACUCGCUCAGAGACUUCAAGUUUGAGUUCAUUGGGGAUGCGGAGACAGAUGAUGAACGGUGCAUAGAUGCCUCCUUACGGGAAUUUUCUAACUUUCUGAAGAAUCUGGAAGAACAGAGAGAAAUCAUGGCAUUAAGUGUGACUGAAACCCUGAUUAAACCCUUGGAGAAAUUCAGAAAAGAGCAACUCGGAGCUGUAAAGGAAGAGAAAAAGAAGUUUGACAAAGAGACGGAAAAGAAUUACAGUCUAAUCGAUAAGCACUUGACACUGUCUGCCCGGAAGAAGGACUCGCACUUGCAGGAGGCUGAUCUCCAAGUGGAGCAGAACCGGCAGCAUUUCUAUGAGCUCUCUCUCGAGUAUGUGUGCAAGCUCCAGGAAAUCCAAGAAAGAAAGAAGUUCGAGUUUGUGGAACCCAUGCUGUCCUUCUUUCAGGGAAUGUUCACUUUCUAUCAUCAAGGUCAUGAGCUUUCCAAAGACUUCAAUCACUACAAGAUGGAACUCCAGAUCAACAUUCAGAAUACACGGAAUCGAUUUGAAGGAACCAGGUCAGAAGUGGAGGAACUUAUGAAUAAAAUUAGACAAAAUCCCAAGGACCAGAAGCGAGCCAGCCAGUUCACAGCAGAAGGCUACCUGUAUGUCCAGGAAAAAAGGCCUGCUCCAUUUGGAUCCAGUUGGGUCAAACACUACUGCAUGUACCGGAAAACAGCCAAGAAAUUCAACAUGAUUCCUUUUGAGCACAGAUCUGGGGGAAAACUGGGGGAUGGAGAGGCGUUCUUUUUGAAAGAAUGCACCAAAAGGCAUGUUGACUCCACUGACAGAAGGUUUUGCUUUGACAUCGAAGCUGCUGACAGGCCUGGCGUCCCCUUGACUGUGCAGGCGUUUUCAGAAGAGGAGAGGAAGCAGUGGUUGGAAGCUCUGGGUGGAAAAGAAGCUCUGUUCCACACGUUUAAUAGAGCCAUUGUCCCGAGACCAGAAGGAGGUGCACAGCUGGAUAAGAUGGGAUUCACGAUUCUCAGAAAAUGCAUCAGCGCUGUUGAAACACGAGAUGUAAAAAUGUGCAAUGAGCUGGACCUGGAGAAUUCUGCAGAUUGGGAAGUGAAGACAGUGACAAGUGCCUUGAAACAGUAUCUGAGGAGUCUUCCAGAGCCUCUCAUGACCUACGAGUUACACAGAGACUUCAUUGUUCCAGCCAAAAGCGGCAGCCCGGAAUCCCGUGUUAACGCCAUCCACUUCUUGGUACACAAACUGCCAGAGAAGAAUAAGGAGAUGUUGGAUAUCUUGGUGAAGCAUCUAACCAAUGUGUCGAGUCACUCGAAGCAGAAUCUAAUGACGGUGGCGAACUUAGGGGUGGUGUUUGGACCAACUCUGAUGAGACCACAAGAAGAAACUGUUGCCGCCAUCAUGGAUUUGAAGUUUCAGAAUAUCGUCGUAGAAAUCUUAAUUGAAAAUCAUGAGAAGAUUUUUCGGACCUCGCCUGACACCGCAUUUGCUGAGCCCACAUGCCUGUCAGCAUCACCCCCCAACGCCCCCCCACGGCAGUCAAAGAGACAAGGGCAGAGGACGAAGAGACCAGUGGCAGUGUACAACCUUUGUCUGGAGCUGGAGGAGGGGGACAGUCCCAGCCCUCUCAAGGAUGAUCCCCCCAGCAGCAGUCAGGACUCGCUGUCCACACCGCCUCCCACAACUUCAGCUGCCCAUGGGUCUCCUGGACCAGAACGAAACCACCUGGCCGCAGACGGAGGGAACUGUGGAGAUGCCACCGCUACCACGCCAAGCCAGAUCCGGCCAUCCAUGGUACAGUGGCUAAAUAUGCAGUCUCCAACCACACCAAGCUCCAACCCAGCUGGGACACCUCCUUCACCCAGGAUGUCACCAUUCUCCAUUUCUCCUGCUGCCUCCAUUGUAGACAAGCUGCCUGAGUGUGUUAUCAACCGCAAGGCGCGUGCCGUGUACCCGUGUGAGGCAGAACACAGCUCAGAGUUGUCAUUUGAAAUAGGAGCCAUUUUUGAGGAUGUUCAGACCUCAAGAGAACCCGGCUGGCUGGAAGGGACCCUGAAUGGCAAGCGAGGGCUGAUUCCACAGAAUUAUGUCAAGCUGCUGUAGCUCCUGGCUGUGGGGGCUCCUGCUGAUCCUGGCGCCCCAAACACCAGGCUGGAAAUAGCACCAAACACCAUGGUCACGCUUAGGAUCUGCAGCUCACCAUGGGCACUCCAGGGCUGGGGAGGGAUGGGACAACCACCUAGGACUGUGCCGAUGCGGGUGUAAGCAGAGCAUGGCUGGCAUGGCUGGAGUGGAUUCUUAUCUAGCAGGUACUGGGGACUGUGAUUUUUAUUUCUCCGGCCUGUGGAACAAAGAGAGGGCAGUUCUCACCGGCAACCUCACUGUCCACGCACCUGCUGUCGGGUGUUCAGUGGGGCUGUGCUACUCUCGAAUGUCCAGGGUGCGUGUGACCUUGUGGGGGCAGGGGAGUUGGUUCCAACCUGGAGGGAAGCAGAGAGAAGCUUCUUCAAGCCUGUGCCUCCCUUCCUGCCUGCCUCUCCCGGCCCCCAGGGCCUGUUCACUGACCACUGCCAAGCUCACCCGAGUGCUGUUCGUCCUAUGUCACCUUGUUGCCACAAGGCCCCUCUGUAAAUGAAAUAAAAUGUAAUUUACUA